CGGUGGCGCCGGCCCGGAUGAAGGGCAAGACGGUGGCCGAGAGGGUGCGCGGAGGAGGACGGUGGCCGACGAGGUCGGGCAUGGAGCACCUGGAGCGCUGCGCAUGGGUCCUCCGGGGGACGCUGGUGCGAUCGGCAGUGCGGAGAUACCUGCCCUGGGCUCUGGCGGCCUCUAUGCUGGCGGGCUCCCUCCUCAAGGAGCUCUCCCCGCUGCCCGAGAGCUAUCUCAGCAACAAGCGCAACGUCCUCAACGUGUAUUUUGUCAAAGUGGCCUGGGCCUGGACCUUCUGCCUCCUCCUGCCUUUCAUCGCCCUCACCAACUACCACUUGACGGGCAAGGCCGGCCUGGUCCUGCGGCGCCUGAGCACCCUGCUCGUGGGCACGGCCAUCUGGUACGUCUGCACGGCCAUCUUCUCCAACAUCGAGCACUACACGGGCAGCUGCUACCAGUCUCCAGCCCUGGAGGGGGAGAGAAAGCAGCACCAGAGCAAGCAGCAGUGCCACGGGGAAGGGGGCUUUUGGCACGGCUUCGACAUCUCAGGCCACUCCUUCCUGCUGACCUUCUGCGCCCUCAUGAUUGUGGAGGAGAUGGCCGUGCUGCACGAGGUGAAGACGGACAGGAACCACUGUCUCCACGCAGCCAUCACCACCCUGGUGGUGGCCCUGGGCUUCCUGACCUUCAUCUGGGUGUGGAUGUUUCUGUGCACGGCCGUCUACUUCCACAACUUGUCCCAGAAAGUGUUUGGCACCCUGUUCGGUCUGCUGGGCUGGUACGGGACGUACGGCUGUUGGUAUCUGAAAUCUUUUUCUCCAGGACUCCCUCCCCAGAGCUCCAGUUUGAACUUGAAGCAAGACACUUACAAGAAAUAAGAGAAACAAAAGGGAUGAGGGCAGGACCAGGGUUAAAAGCUUUUUCUGUUUCUUUUUCUCCUUAAUUGUUUGACUAAAUGAUCGAUCCUGCUUCGGGAAGGACACUUACCGGGCAGUUUUGGGGUCGGGGGGUGUGGUGUGGAGUCUGGGGAGCCAGGCCGGGCCUGGCGACAUCACGCUAUAUUACAAGCACCACCAUCCCCACUCAGGCACUUUGCGUCCCUGGCAAGACUUGACCUUAAUCUGUUACGUCCCUUUUGUCCCUGGAUGGCGAGCUCAGGCUCAGCGAGAGGGCAGAAUGAGGAAGGCCUCUCUGGUGUGGCUAAAUGGGGUAGGGGGGCUCAGGACCCUCCCUUGCCGUCACUCGCUCCCUGAUUCUUAGCUGUCUUCUGUGUCAAGGGCUGCUAAUGCUGUUAAUUAACAAACAUGCCCUCUGGUCAGCUUUGCAGAAGCAUUUAUUUCCAGCAGGGUUCUUUAUAUAUCACUACCAACGGCCUAAAAGACACAUUCUGGUUGUAGUAUUUGUUCUAUCUGUGGAAUGUCAAAUACUUCAACUGACUUGUGAUUAACUACCAAAACAGUCACACUGGAGUGCCUCUGCGACGGAGUAUUGGAUACUUUUUAUGUAACGAACACUAAUAAUUUUCUGUCCAUGUUGUCUAGUAUAUAUUGGUUUUUGGAGCAAUAAGGUUAUCUCCCCUCCCCUUCUGUUUUGAGUGAAUGCUUUAUAGUUUUUAAUAACAACCAUGGUAUUUGUUCUUUGUUGACAGAACUUCCAAAAAUAACUCACGACUCCAGUGUUGCACUUUGGCACACGUGUCGAGCGCCUUGAGGAUUUUUUAGAACACUAGAACACUCUAGGCUUUAUGGUAUUAAAUUCAAGCUUGCGGGGCUGUUUUCUCCGUUAAGAAUCAAACUGGGAAGCAGACAUUUGAAUAACUUGUUGAAUUUUAAGCUGAGUCAGAGUAAUUUUGCAAAAUGCCUGUUUGCACUGAAACUCUCCUGAUCAUGCAUUAGUGGUGUCAGACUGAACAGUGUUUCAGAGUUGUGUGAUAAUAAGUCUUCUGUCCAUUGCUAUGGCCCAGAACAUUUUUGCCUGUUUAGACAAGAUUAUGAUAAGUCAGAAGUGGAGAAAGAUGUCUUUCCUUGCUUCUGAGGGCAAGAAGCCAACUUGUUUGCAAGAAUGUCCCUGUUAAAUGGUGGCUUGACUUUGGCCCCUCCCUCUUCUUAACUGGACCACCACCAAAACCACAGCAAACCAGGGUCUCUGUUCAUCUGCCCUCGAACUUGACUUUUUCUUUCCCGUUUGCAGCAUUCUUAAUUUCCAGCCUUGUCCUUGUGCGGCCUUCACUGUGAGAAUGCUGGAAAGGGUUAGAUACUCUGUUUCAUCUGCCCUACAAAGACGCAGUUAGUGCUGUGAUAAGAUACCCCUUCCUUCUCUCUGUGUCUCUGUAAGCCUUUCACCCCCAGCCCCUUGCAUUUUGGAUAAUCAUCCUGGAAGCUUCUUCUAUACUCUUUGCCCCCAGUCAAGCCUAAUAAUAGCAUUAACUGAUAAGCACUUGACUGGUUUAACUCAAGCUUAGGUUGCUAGGAGCUUGAUGUCUGGGAAAUCUUCAGUGUAAAACAUAUUGCUUAUAAAGAUGUAUUUAAAAUACGUAUCUCAUCUGGCCACAGGUUAUCCUGUAUCGAUCAAAAUGUGAGGUGUGAUGCAUUGGACCCAAAGGUGGCAGAAGCACCUGGCAGUGAGAUUCUGGAGGUGUCGCCACGGUGCCUUGGGAGCACUGGCAAGAUGAGAUGGGCCCCCCGGGAGAAUGGUUUUGCUCUCUGGAGCUCCAUCUGUAAACCAGGGGUGGCCGAGGGGGUGGGGUAGGUGGCAGGGGCUUGUUGAAGGGAUCGAAAUCCCUCCUAAGUGUCAGGUUCAGCACCGAAAGGCAACAGACACGAGGUGACGCCAGUAUUUGUCCCAGGUAAACAUCUCCAGACAUUUCUCUCCUGCAGUUGUGAUUCAAGCUCAGCCAUACAUUAACUCCGUGGAACACGUCCGGUACCGAAUCUUGUCGAGUCAUCAGUCUCCCUCCACUUCCUGCUCAGUCUUAUCGCUUUGCCUGUCACUGGGGGACAUGCUCUCCAUCCGUAUGUGAGACAGCAUGGCAAGGCUGAAAGCGUUUGGGUUUAGGCAGGUGUGAGAGGUGGGUCCAAAUCUUGGCACCACCACCGCCAAGAGUGGUCUGACCGUGGGCACGCCUCGCUUUCUCCAUCUGUAAAAUGGAGGUGGUCCUGUCGGGAUGAAGGGAAAACGAUGCAGGUCAAUGCCCAGCACAUGGGCGUAGUAGGUGACCACCCCGCUGCUUCCUUUUUCUUUUUUUUUUUUUAAUUUUAUUUUAUUUUUAAACUUUA